AUGGCCGAUCCGAGGAAAGUUCCCUUCGUGACUCUGGCUUCCUAUAACACCUCCACACCGGCGCCGGAGUCCAAGAAGCGUCGGAGGGAGGAGGAGGGCGAAGUCCAGCAGCAGCAGCAGCAGCAGCAGCAGCACGGGAGGGACGGAGGGCCGUUCAGUAACGGGAAAAGCUCCGGUUCUGCAGAGUCCAGAUCCACUGUGAGGCUCAGUCUGUCUCUGUCCGAGCCCAGUGACAAGGGAUCCUCAGAGUUCAGCUACACCGAGCUGAUGCAGCAGGCCACCCAGCAGGUGAAAAUGAUGAAAGCUCCCGAAGGACUCACGCCGGCUCUGGACCCGACCGACCCGCUGGCUGAUCAGGACAGAGAGAGACGAGAGGUCGAAGCUCUUGCUCGGAGGUUUGAGAGUAAAUACGGAGGCACCGGGAAGAAGAAAAAGAAAGAUCGGAUGCAGGAUCUUAUCGACAUCGGAUACGGAUACGACGAGACCGAUCCGUUCAUCGACAACUCCGAAGCCUACGACGAGCUGGUCCCUGCGUCCCUCACUACCAAACUAGGAGGCUUUUACAUCAACACGGGCACGUUGCAGUUCAGAGCGGCAUCUGAGAGCGAGGAUGAGUGCAAGGACGGAAACCACUUCAAGAAGCUGAAGGAUGGAGAGGAACGAGUGAUCAAGAGAAGAAAGAAAAAAGAUGGCACUUUAGAGGAGAAGAAACCCAGAAAGAAUCGAGUGUCUAAGCAGGGCGUAUCUGCUUUGAAUCGCCCUGAGAAGAAAAAGAGGAAGAAGCUGAUGAAGGACUCUCUCUCGUUGGCAGCUAUGAUCCGCCGAUUCACACGAGAGAAAGAGGAGAUGAGGAAAAAGACCCCUACUGCCGCCCCCACUGGAGGUACCACGGCUACCGGUGCGGUCGCGGGACUCAAACCCCCGAACACCAAUCGCUCCGUCGUUAACUCGCACUCUGUCGCCCCUGGCAACGACCUCGCCGACCUUACCAACGACCCGGCCGUCAUUCCUCUGCUGGGUUCGGCUAACGACGACAUGCUGCAGGACCUGAUGGAGGAGCUGGAUUUCUCCCUGCUGGAUCCUUCAGAGCUGUCGAGCCUCGAAGGUCAGGGUGAGAACGGUAACGGCGCCGUCCAGCGGGGAGGAGGAGCUACAGCAGCAGGAGGAGUAGGAGGAGCUUCAGUGGGACGUGUCCAGAGGACUGGGCUCAUCCCUCCUCCUCCGCUGCCCAGCGGCCUGCCAGCUCCCCUCACCAAGCGCAUCGAGGACCUGCGAGUGGCAUCUCGGCAGUUUGAUAUGGAGGGGAGGAAGAAGUUCUUCACGCUGGACAUGAACAACAUCCUGCUGGACAUUGAGCUUCAGGUACAGGAGCAGCCGGUGGAUGUGCGUGCGGCCGUGUACUCCCACCUCGAGGCCUUCGUGCCGUGUAAUAAGGAGGCACUUCUGAAGCGGCUGAAGAAGCUCAGUCUGAACGUGCAGGACGACAGGCUGAGAAACCCGCUGCUCAAACUCAAGCUGGCCGUCUGCAGCGCCAUGCCUGAGCAGAUCGCCCGCUACAACAUGGACUGUCUGGCAAAAGUGGCAAAACAACAGUCGGAGGAGGGCGAGAAGAACGGCUCUGAGGAGGAGGACGAGGAGAGGCCGGGCAAACGGGUGAUGGGACCCCGCAAGAAGUUUGUGUGGGACGAUAAACUCAGGGCUUUGCUGUGUAACCUGGUUCGAGCGAAGCUGGGCUGUUAUGAGGCUGAAGGUCAGAACUCACCCUCUCCUGAAGAUUACCUCAAAGCCUUUAUGGAGACAGAGGUGAAACCCCUCUGGCCCAAAGGCUGGAUGCAGGCCAGGAUGCUGAUUAAAGAGAGCCGCACGGCCCACAGCCACCUCACAGGAAACACAAUGAAGAAGACUCCCAAAGCUAAACCAAAAGCUCAGGAUGGUGUUUGGCUCCAGCAGUCAUCCACACCCAGUGCUACGCCUUCUACCCCGGUGACCCUCCCUCAGCGCCCCCCCUCCCCCUCUGAGCCUAUCUGCCUUUCGGACUCUCUGGACGAGGAUUUGGGCGGAGCCCCGUCCCUGGACUCCAUCUCCCAGGCUCUGGCUCUGCUCAGCAGCGCCGCCAAGGGGUUGAUCCAGUCCAACAGCCCCCCCUCCCCAGAGGCUGCUAAACCCAUUAUCUCUGUCUCUACGCUCGGCCCCGCCUCCUCCAUCAGCUCCACCCCAGUGCUUCCUAAAAAGAGCACCAUCCACACCACUGCUUCUGUUUCCCCAGCCAGCACCGGGCCUAUUUUUGUCUCUUCCUCCUCUAGCUGUUCUCCAGCUAUCUCUCGGCCUUUGACCGUGUCCGUCUCUCCCACCAUCCGGAGCGAUGGAAUAGUUGGAGCGAAGCUUGGCGCGGUCGGCUUGCCUCAGGUGCAGAGACACGGUCUGACGAUGACGCAGAGACCCGUUGCUACGGCUGCUGCAGGGAACAGCAGCAAGACGAUCACAACGUCUCCGCCGAAACCGAGGCCGCCGCCCACUGCCUCGCCUCUUAUCCCGCCUCACAAGAGCUUAAAUUCUUCCUUGGCCACGCCCCCAGGCCUCCACAAACCCGGCAAUAACAGCGGGUCCAUCGGUCGAAUCGGUGCAGGCGGCACGGCACCAUCAUCUCAGUCCCACUCAACAUCACUGCCCAUAUCUUCCUCUUCUUAUUCUUCGCCUGCUUCUUCUUCUGUUUCUUCGCACCACAAUGCCAAAAUGCAGCCCAAAAUCUCCUCCUCUCCGUCUCCAUCGCCAUCUCAACCCAAACCGCAGCAUCAGCACCAGCAGCCGCAGCAGCAGUCCACGUUCGUCACGCCGAUGCAGGCCACGCUCACCAAAUCUCCCCACAGCUCCAACUCCCCCAUCCUCAAGCUCACUCCGCGGGUGACGACCGUCAGCUCCCCCUCACCCACCCUCUCCAGGACAUCUACGUUACCCAACAUGCAUCAGUUCUCUCCUAAAACCGCAGGUUUCCACACGGGGUUCUCAGGCGUCAGCAGCGGGUACAGCACUCCAGUGGGUCAGCAGAAAACUCCCUCUCAGGUCAACAGCAGCAGCCUAACAAGCACUUCCACCCCGGUCACAAAGCACAGCUCCCCCUCGGCCGGCUCGGUCAAUCACGGGCCGCGGCAAAGACCCCCAGGUGCGGCUAAUCAGGGGGCAAAACCACUGGUGACCGUUUCCACUGCAUCGGCUCCUCAGCUACCACAGGUUCCGUCGUCCAGCGCCAGCCCUUUGUGUCUCAGCGCUUCGAACCUCCCUCUGAACUUCGGGAUGCUUGGAGGAAUCACCCCCGUGUCCCUGCCCUUCGCCUUCCCCAUGCUGAACCUGCCCCCAGUGACAGGAACUAAUGCUGGAGCUAAUCCUGCUAACCAAAGCAGCUCAGGAUACAGCCUGCAGCCCAAUGUGAGUCAAAGCCAGAGCGGGGAUCUAAAGAGGAAGCUAUGAUGUCACUCGGAUGACGCCGGACUGUGACGUCGGACUGUGACGUCACACCGAAGCGCCACGUACACACGGACUGCAGGCUUAAACAAUAAGAAUUAUGUUUUGAUUUAUUUUUUUUUUUUUGGCACUCGAGUAUUGGGAAUCGAAUUAAUAACAUCCCUCUGACCUGGAUGUGCUUUCUCUCCUUGUUUUGCUAAUGUUUACACACACACAGACCUUAAUUGCUGUGGACAGGGAGGGCAAACGUUUACGUGUGUGUGUGUGGACACACACACACUCUGAGUGGAAUAUGAACUCUGUAGAAUAACAGAGAGACGGACAAACGAACUGAUCCCUCGCUUUCUCAGGUGUAGGUCCAUGUCUCUGGUGCUGUUCCAGGUGGAGUAGUUGUUGUUCUUGAUGUUAUUCUUAUUAAUAAUAUUAUUAUUAAAAAAAAAAAGCCCCCUGGAACAAAGAGGACAGGAGUUUUCUACCCGGACAGACGCAGGGGCUGAACUUUGUAUUGUACUUGAAUUUUCAGAAGUUUGUCUACUUGAGCUGAUCCUCCACACUAGCGAAAUAAAAAGCAAUAGUUAGUCCCAGGAAGAAAAGAA